AUGUCACCCUAUUACUAUCCAUGGAUAUUUGACAGACAACUGAUGAAGGAAAAUCUUGCCGAACUUGCCACAAUGCCAUUUCAAUUGAAAAUGACAUCUAAGACUCAAGAUUCAAGACUAGUUCUUGUCGAAGCUCAACAACUUUUCAAUGUGAGAGUCAAUAUUGUCGGUUAUCUUGAAGUACCGGCUGGUUGCGGAAAAGUAAACUUCAAUAGCAGUUUUGAACAUGUUGAAGAGUUUCCACUGAGCAUUUCGGCUUAUUGUCUUGUGAUAACAUGGGAAGUGAUCGAUGCAAACGCGGAGCAAACUGCUCUCCGAAAGUACACGUUGACGGAGGAGACACCGACUUUUGUCAUUCAUGGGGAUCGAGUCAUGCCUCAGGAAAGUUUGCUUUCC